UUCGCAUUCAAACACCGAAUCAAUUGAAAAUGGUUUGGCUGAAAACAUAUUGGAAAAUUCGCAUAAUUUAAAUGAAAAUUCAAUCAGAAAAGAUCUAAUGGCAAACACCUUGGACACAUUCGAUAAUCCAAAUAUCACAUUGGAAAAUUUGUAUAAUUCAAAUGAAAAUUCAAUCAAAAAUAAGAAGCAUAAACUAUUAGCACGAUUCAACGGCAAACACCUUGGACACAAUAAUCCAAAUAACAUUUCAAAUGCUGCAAAUCCUAUAAUCAUAAUAGAAUAUGAUUCGACAUUGCAUAAUCCAAAAGAAAAAGUCAUCGAAUCUAUUGAAUUAGAGUCAGAUAAUAUGGAUGAUAAGAAGUCGAGUAAGGCCCGGCGUUUAAAGUAUUUUUAUUUGAAAACUACUUUACAAGAGUUAAAUAUUGAAAAUAUGGAAAAUCAACUUUUUUCAAAUAACUCGGUUGAAAGUUUUCUUAUGGAAGAUUUCGACCAUCUAUUUCUCAACGAUGAGGAAGUUACCUAUUCUUUAUUUGAAAAACUUGGAUUAGCAAAACAUACUAUCAAGGAAGCAAGGUUGCACAUGUUGGUUAAAUUACAUAGACCUUACAUGUCACUUGCCGUAAUUUACGCGACAGAAUACCAAGAAGAAAAUGACAAAUUUCCAAGCCAUAAAGUUCUACGUGGGAAAUUAAGUACAAAAAUACAAGAACUUUUUGGAAUUAGUAAACGAUAUGAAAGAAGAUAUUGGGCAGGGACAUUGUGGUUAAUUGAAUUGCUUCAUAUAACCACCUGCCCUGCUGCAAUUCUCAUUAAAGCAGAACUCAGUGCCAACUACUUUACAGUGACGGCUAAUAGUGAUUAUGAUAAAUUUCUGCAAAAACUUUUGGACAAUAAAAAAGUUUGUCAUAAAUUCCCUAAAUUAGACGCAAAUAUAUUAGAUCUAG